AUGGAAGACUCUACAAACCCUCCCGAAGGUCGCUUGCUCAAGGUGUAUCCCCCGGAAGGCGCUAAAGAUGACACAUCCGUCGAGUACGCAGAAUACUCCGAUUCUGUCAUUGCGAUACAUGGCCUGGGAACUACGACUCCUCACACCUGGGAGUAUAACACGAAGACGAAAACCGUCAACUGGCUCAGUGACCCGGAUAUGCUGCCGAACAUUGUACCCUCUGCGAGCAUCUACACGUUCAGCUGGAAUGCAAAGUACUAUGCGGACGCGUCUGUUGCACGUAUAGACAGUGUCGCAGGGGUGUUGUUGAGCAACCUCCAAAGCCAGCGUGAUAAGGCACUAGAAAUUGCAAACAUACAUGGUAGUCAGUACCGAAACUUGGUCGUUGCUAACUCCGGCGUUGUCUUUCUUGGAUCUCCGUUACAAGGCACCAAGGCUAGCAAAGCUGCACAAUGGCACGCUAUGCUAGGCGGCAUUCUCAAUAAAGCACCCUCUAAGACACUUCUUCAAGGCCUCGAUGGUAGUACCAGGGCACUGAGAGAAAGCUCGGAAAAGUUUGUCACAAUGGUGACGACCCUUCCGAUACAGACAAUGACGAUGUGCUUCUGGGAAUCAAAGAAAACCCAAGUCCUUAAAGGCGUACUUCCAGCAUGGACCUUGUCGCUUCGCCGCAGCGUUGAGAUGAUUUUAGUGGAAGAAGACUCUGCGUGCCUGUUUGGACACCCAAAGACGAUGCUCGAUGCACCUCACUCCAUGAUGAGCAAAUUCUCUGGCCCUAAUGAUGCAAGCUUUGUUCUUGUCACUAGUGCUAUUAAAAAGAUGGUGGAGGAAGCAAAGACAAUCGCUGUCGGACGGGGAGAAGGUAUUUAUUGGUCUUCGCUAGCAAAAGACCCGAGUAUAUGCUGGGGUAAUGCUUACAUUCACCUAGCACUCCACCUUCACAGUGAACAUUUCAUGGUCCCUCGUAGACCGAACACUUUGUUCACUGGCCGAGAGAAAGAACUUGGAGAACUCGAGCAAGCGUUAUGCACUUCACUCUCGACAAAAGCACACACCGCAAUACCGAAGAUAUAUGUUAUAGUUGGCAUGGGCGGCGCUGGCAAAAGCGAGGUUGCUCUGAAACUUGCACAUGACAACCGGCUAAAAUUCUGGGGAAUUUUUUGGAUAGAUGGGCGGAGUGAGAGCUCGAUCAAAACAGGCUUUGCGACUACCGCCCGAAGCUGUGGCCAUCACGAUGAAAGCCUUGAAGGUGUAAUGUCUUGGCUUCAGAACACAUCUCACUCCUGGCUGCUUAUCCUAGACAACGCGGACAAUAAGGACCUAGAUUACGCCCAGUUUCUCCCAGCCGGAAAAAACGGAAGUAUCUUAAUCACUACACGCCUCCUUGAGUGUAGAAAGCAUCAAACAGUAGGACAGGACAAUUAUGAGGGACUGGGUCAGGAAACGGCUAUCGAGCUUCUUCUCAAAGCUUGCGGCAUUGAAAUGAGCUCGCGAAGGGCUCAUGAAGACAAUGCUCGCGCAGUUGCUGAACUUUUAGGCUGCCAUGCCCUUGCUAUCAUACAAGCCGGAGCAGCCAUCUCUCAAAACUUGUGUGGUCUGGUGGAGUACGGGGAUACCUUUGUGCGCCAGCGACGAGCGCUUUUCGAAUGCUUUCCGAAACAAGAAAGGUCAGAGUAUGGAGGGGUUUAUGCCACCUUCGAAGUGUCCGCCACUUACCUCAAAGACCGCGAUGAUCAGAUCGCCAAUGAUGCGCUUCAGCUACUCAACUUCUAUGCUUUCAUGCAUUUCACAGACUUUCCGGAAGCAGCUUUCGAGGAGGCCUGGAAGAAUUCGAUGGAUGAAGAUGUAGUUUCCUCUUGCUUGAAUUCGGAUGAUGAAGAGGACAUCUGGAGACUUGCUCCGUGGCACGUCUCUCACCUUCCAACGUUUCUGCGACCGAAUCUGAAUGACAUCAACUUGGACAAGAUGCGCCUUCGCAAAGCCAGGUCGCUGCUCACAUCUCUUUCUCUCGUGGACUUUGACCCGGCCAGAGGUACGACGCGCAUGCAUCCUGUGAGCCACUUUUGGUCCAGAGACCGGCUGCAAAUGCCGGAGGACUCCAUGACCGCUAGGCUGAACGGUCUUUCUGUGCUUUCGCUGUCCAUCGAAUAUCCUCGCGCUACCGACAUAGGCGUAUUGGUGAGCCAGCUUCAGCCUCAUAUAGAGUCCAUUGCAUACAGUCUGAGUGAGUGGGACUCGCAAAAAUGCAACUUCCAUUUCCAGCAGUCCAUAUGCCGACUUAGCUAUGCUAUGUACCUUUCGAGCUCUAGCUCGGCGCUCUUUGAACUGCUCCAGAUGAUCCCAAUCCAGGCAGAUGAAACUUGGAUCAGAACUGAAAAUGGCCAAGAGAUUCAUUAUCUUCAUGGUAUUUCAAUGCUCGGAUAUGGUGACGCCGGUAAGGCGGUGGUUCUGCUAGAAAAAUUGAGUGAAGCACAGGAACAGACUCUCGCUGCAGAAGACCCGAUGUUCUCAUGUUCGCAACACGCACUCGCAAGCGCGUACCUCAAAACAGAAGAAACAACCAAAGCAAUAGAGUUGUUCGAGCGGAUAGCUCAUGUUGAGAAUGAAACUUUGGGCCCAGAGCAUAGCAAUAAUUUAGCAUCACAACAUAUACUUGCUAUAGCAUAUCUGGAGGUAGGAGAAACAGCUAAAGCCAUAGCUCUGCUAGAACCAGUGGAGGAAAUAGGGGCAAGAACGCUAAGACCAGAGCAUCCACAUCGUUUAGCGUCACAGCACGAACUUGCUAGAGCAUAUUUUCGGGUAGGAGAAACAGCUAAAGCCAUGGCUUUACUAGAGCUAGUGGUGGAGAUAGAGGCAAGAACGCUAAGACCAGAGCAUUCAAAUCGUUUGGCGUCACAACACGUACUUGCUAGAGCAUAUCUGAAGGUAGAAGAAACAGCUAAAGCCAUAGCUCUGCUAGAAUCAGUGGUGGAAAUAAGGGCAAGAACGCUAGGACCAGAGCAUCUAGAUCUUUUGGUGUCACAACAUUCACUUGCUGGAGCAUAUCUGGAUAUAGGACAAACAGCUAAAGCCAUAGCCCUGCUAGAACCCGUGGUGGAAAUAGAGGUAAGAACGCUAAGCAAAGACCACGUGGAUCGUGUGAACUCCGUUUAUGUUCUCGCUGCCUGUCACCACGAUGCCGGGAACUACGAGCAAGCGCUUCAGCUUGCCAGGUCGAUCGAGAAUGUCGCACGGAAUCGGCCAGGACAAGAGUCUGGGUUUGCUGAUUGGAAUGCGGAACUGAUUGGUUACAUCAUUAGAGAUCGGAAUCGGGAGGAGGCGAGUUGA